AUGAUUUUCAAAGCGUUGUUCCUCUCGAUUCUGACGGCAGCUCUGGCCCUCCCCUCGGUCGGUGCCUUGUUUCUGCCUGCAGACGUUCAGCUCUGGGCACCACGAGAAGAUAUCGCGCUUCUCACCGGAAGACUCAGUCGAAACAUUCAGAGUGUUGAUGCGUCAGUAUUGGCCCAAUAUGGACUAGACUACCGCAAAGCUGGUCAGCUUACCCAAGGUUUCCACAACCACAUGUUUGGAAACGGUGUCAACCCGCCCACGGCAAUCACUACCACGCACUUCAACAGCUGGUACUUAGACGUGUAUGCAGCGGAACAAAAACGGCUUGCAGCCCAGGCAAAACUUGCAAAAGCUCAGAGGCAGCGUGCAGAGAUGGACAAAGCCCGACAGGAGAAGGCGCGGAACAGGCUAGGUUGGGGACAGUCUAGUGGCGGCAAUUAA